AUGGUGCUGAAAAUUUGCACGCCUUAUGAUCUCUAUUGCCCAAGUGAACAUGAUGAUUUAGAAAAAAGAUGCUGUAGUACAUGCGGUAUUUACUUUGCAUCUAUCACAAGAGCUGCAGAGCACAGGCGUGCAGCCCACAUUGCACCAGCUAAGCAAGCGCGUAUAUUGCGCAAAGUACGACUCGCACGGAUUGUCACAAAACGAGCUAAUGAGUUACUGUGCGCAAGUGCCAACGGCUUAGAGUGGCUGGAUCAGAACGAAGUUGAAGGAGCAGAUGAUUUUACUGAAAAUCAUAUGGACAUGCUGGUUCCAAUAGUCUCUCUCGAGACCGUGCAUGAUUCUCCAUGGACUGAAUUAGAGUAGAUAUUCGUUUUUUAAUCGCAGUAGUUACGAAUUAAGUAUUCUAUUGUUUAAUCUUUAUUACACUUGUAGCUCUCAGCAAUAUUGAUUACAAGUCUCUAACUAGUCGUUUUUACUUAGUACUUUUUAUUAGAAAAUUUGAAAAAACACCUCACGUAAUUUAUGAACUCCCCCAAAGGGAACCUUCACAUUCAGAAUGGUAUUGAAUCUUAAAGUUUUCAUGCUUUAACGUCAUUGAACGAAAGCAGUACCUGUCGAGUACACCUCUCACGCUGCGGCUCGUUUUCGAAUGAUUUAAAGCUGCGCCCGCGCAGUUGCCAUGGCAACAGAGUCUGCUCCAAUAAUUGGACGAAUGCCGGCCCCGAUUCAGGUACCGUACCACCGGCGAAAAAACCACACAGCAUUGCAUUCCGAUAUAGCAGAGAUAACUUUUUAGCAAAAACUUUUGGCAAAGAUCACGUCUCUCUCACACGUGCAGUGUUAGAGGAGUCCGGAUGA